AAAAAAGAUUCCAUAUUAUUAUUUCUCGGCUUCUCUUCGCCUUCCCUUCCCGACCAAUUCUGGCCGGCGACGUUGACUCCUUGAGAAGAGAUCGAAUUCCUUCGACUCCUCUAACUCGCUAUCUAUUUCCAUUCUCUCUGAAGAUUAGAGUCAUCUCCCCUUGCCGAUUCCAUCGCCUCUCUCUCUCGAUCGCUGGGGUUCGGAUCGAAUCGGAGAAGGCAGGAAGGGAAAGAAGGGAAGGAUGAAUUGGAUCAGCCGCAAGAUCCAUCUAUACAACGUCACCAUGGGCCUCUACAUGCUCGAUUGGUGGGAGCGCUACCUUUUCAACAUAUUGAUCCUUAUUUUGCUCUGGUUCAUCUGCCACAAUGGAUCUCGUUUCGCAACCGAGUUCUAUCAAAGCCAUCUGAAGACUCGACCCUUGGCGGGUGGAAACUUUCCAAUAGGAGGGAGUGUACCAUCCUAAUCGAUGAUCAGAAUAUAAAAGAGCAGCAGUGAAGUGUCCCUGCAUGGUGAAUAAUUCGUUGCUUUGAAAUACAUUUUUUCUCUCCCUUUUUCCUGUUAAACAUCUAAGCCAUAAGCUUAUUUGUACAGUAGAUUGCGAUGGGAUGUUUGUAGCAGUAUUGUUGCAUUAAGUAUGGCUUUCCAUGUGGAAAUAUUUCCUCAAUACUAUGCACUGUCUUGUAUUCUAGUUUUUCUUUGCUUUUUUUCCC